GUCGCUCGCUCGGUUGUUCGGAUGGCGCUCGGGCCUCCUUGGCCCCGAGCGGCCGCCGCGAAUAAUCGCAAGCUCCCUUUGAUUGGAAACUUGCGGAUUUGUCGUGAACCUCAGGGUCCAGCGGAGGUGCCGAGAAGGUUUGGAGCGGAUCGAGUUGGAGCUGGAGGACAAUGAAAAAAUGCAAGAGCAACUGCAGGCGGUUCGGCUUUGGUUGACGGAGGCUGAAGGACUCUUGUCAGAGAUCGAGCCGAGCGGCGGCGCGGCACGACCGGAGGCCGUCCGCAGCCAGUGGAGCGUCCGCGAAGCGCUCGUCCAGGCCGUUCGCGAGAGGCUGAAGGCAAAGUACUCGGAAUCCGACGCCGUCCCGGCGGAGAUCGACGGCCAACUGCGGGAGGUCCAAAAGGCUCUGGAGCGAGUUGGGGCCAAGGUUGAAGAGGCCGCGCAGAAGAGCGGCCCCGCGCGCAGAAUCGCGGCCGAACCGCCGGAGACGCGAGCCGGCCCGAGGUCGGUGCGGGAGAGGCCGCGGGGACCGAGUUCCGACGCGGCGGACGCCCGACGCGCUCAGGAGACGCAAGCUUGGCUGGAGGAGCGUCGGGAAAUGAUCCGCAGCUGCGAGAGCUGGAUGUCGGAAUCGCGAGCGUGGCUGGCCACCCCCCGCACGUACGCCACCUCCAAAUGUCUGAGCGAGCACGCCGGAGCUCUGCAGACGGUGCUGAACGACGCCGCGCGGAUCCGCGAGACCCUGGGGGCUUUCUCUCCCGCCCCGGAGCGAAUGUCCGACGCGGCGGAGGUCUCGGCUCUCGGGGAGCGGCUGGCGGAAGCCGACCGGCAGCUGGCGGCCGUUCGGGACGGCUUGGCCCGACCUUUGGCUCAACUGGAGCGCGCCGCCGCCGAGGUGAGGGCCAUGGAGACCGAAGCCGGGGAGAUGGAGAAGGACGUCGCCGAGAUCCGGAGCGCCUUCUGUUCCCCGGAGACGUUGUCCGGCCCCGACGAGAAACACCUGAAGAUGCUGGAGCGGAGGAUCCGCUCCGUGAGGAGCGGCGUCGCCGACAUGCAGGAAGCCAGAUCGCGCCUCCGUCUUCCGGAGAAGGCGGACGAGACCUUGGCCGUCUUUGGGCUCGUGGAUCGGCUCCAGACGCUGCUGCCGGACCUGGACCAGAAGGUCAGCAUCCGGGAAGCCGAACGUCAGCGGGCGACAUCCCCGACGCAACCGGAGCUGCCCGCCGGCCCCGAAGAGAGCGAGGCGGACGACGACGCCCGGCCGGUCCGCGUCGGGGUCGCCCCCGCCGAGGAUGACGCGCCGCGACGCGCCGAGGCCCCGCCCAAGAUUACGGAAAUGGCCGCGCCUGAGCACGGUCGCUCCGGGAAGGCCGACGACAUGCCGGACGCGCCGCUGCGGGCGGAGGCGGCUCCACUCGGUCCGGCGGCCGGCGAGCCGAACGCGUUGGAGGCCGGGACGGACGACGACCAAGUGGCGCCGCAGCUGGUCGCCUGCCAGGAGCUGCUGUCGGAGCUGGAGCGCAAGGUGCGCUCGCUGUCCGAGUCGGGCCGCCGCCGCCUCCCCGUCCGCCCGCCCGGGGACGGCGGCGCUCGAGAAGAGGCCGAGGGCGGAGAGACCGCGCGGGAGGAGGAGGAGACGGCGGCCGAGGGACUUUGGUCCAAACUCGAGAUCGUCAAGGCGCAGCUCUUCCACUUCCGGAGCCUUCUGCGGCACAAGCGGCCCACAGUGACCGAGGAGUCGGAGCGGCGGCCGAGCGAGCGGCGAGCUUCGACGCCGGCGGUCUCGUCGGGCCCAGGAGACGAAGAGCUGCCGCCGUCGCCACGGGGCUCUCCGGCUGAAGACGAAGCGACGCUCGGCAGCGGCUUCCUGGAGCCGGAAGACGACCGCGGGAGCCCGCCGCCUUCUCAGGACGAGGACGAGGACGAGCGGGAUCUGAGGAGCCCCGAGCACGCGCUGCGGCACUGCGAGCGUCUGGCCGGCAGCCUGCGCGAUCUUCUGGCGGCGGGCCGGGAACGCUUAGAGCGCCGGCCGCGGCUCCGCUGCAGGAGCGAGCUACGAGGACAAGUCCGCGCUCACGCGGAGUUCUUCGGCUUCCUGCAGCAGCGCCUGCACGCCCUGAUCUUCCUGGGCCAGAGACUUCCCGAGGGCGCCCUCCACGGGUGGGAGGACGCCACGCGUCCCCUGCGCGCCGAGGCGCUCUCGCUGCAGACGCGGGCGCUCGACCGAGGCGUCCGCAUGGAGCAAGUCUUGCAGAGGUGGAGCGAGUGGGAGGACGACGCCGGCCGCUGCCGGUCGCUGCUGGCCAGCGCGGAGACGUCUCCUCGCCGGCCGCUCUCCGAGCAGGACGCGUCUCGCUCUCCGGACGCCGUUGCGGCGCGGCUGGGCGCCACGCUGGAGGCGGGGCUUUGGCUGCACGGGGCCGGCUGCGUCGGCGUGGGCGGGGCCUGCCGGGACCUGGAGGCUCGCUGGACCAAACUGAAGGAACGGUCCCGGCGCCGAAAAGCGGAUGACGAGAGCCGGAGAGAACUCGCCGACAGCUUUGCGUCCGACUUUGCCGCGCUCACGGAGUGGAUGGGCGGGGCCGGGCGGCUGACGGACAAGUGGCGGCUUCUGGCGGGCUCGGCCGCCGCGGACGGCGAGCGCAGGCGGGAAGAAUUCGACCGCUCUGUGGCGCUGAUGGAGGAUCUCGAGGAGCGCGGCGGACUGAAAGCCGCCGUGGUCGGCGCCGCCCGCCGGCUGGCGGAGAUGAGGGCGGCCGAGCCGGACUUCGGAGACGGCCCCGAGGACGGAGCGCCCCCGUGCGGAAGCGCCGAGCGGGAUCUGGAUCUGGCGCGCUUGGAGCGCGACUGGUCGUCUCUGCUGGCCGACGUCCCCGCGCUGCAGGGAGCCCUGCACCGGUGGUGGACGGAAACGUUGAGCCGGCGCGACGCGCUCCAGGAGCUGCGGCGGCGGCUCGCCGACUUGGAGGCCGGACUGGAAGAGCGCCGCAGUCACAUGGACCCGAACGCAUGCACCGCCGACGACCUCCGACUGCUUCUCAAGUACUAUCAGGAGUGUCGUGCGCAGAUGUCGGCGCAUCGGGCCACCCUGGACUACGCCGCCCGACCUUUGCCGACGCGCGCCGCCGAGGAGGACCAGCGGGGGCGCGACGACGCCAACCGGCUGGCGGAGGAGCAGGGAAGCCUCAGCCGGCGCUGGCUGAUGAGGCAAUCGACUCUCGACGUUGAGAUUGGCGAGCUGGAGGAGGACUUGAGGGUCAGGACGGAGCGAGAGAGCCGCCUGGAGCGCAUCGACACCUGGAUGGCGGACCACAAGCGGGAACUGGACUCGGCCCGGAAGCCCCGCAACCUGGCCCACCUUUGGCGCGACCCCCACACGGACUUGGAGAAGCAAAUCCAGGAGAGACAAGUUGAACUGCGAGAGAUGGCGGAGCGGCACGGCCAGCGAGGGGGAGGAGGAGCCGGCGGAGGCGGCGCGGCCUUCGCGUGUCUCGUUGAGCGAUCCGCGGCGGCGUGCGACCGGCUUGCCCAGCUGAACGAGGCGGCCCGUCGUGAGCUGUCAACGACGAGGCAGCUGCGGCUCGGCGUGGAGGAGCAAAUUGAGGAGAUGACGCGCAGACGGGUGAGGGCGUGCCAGAUGGCGGAUCUUCUCCGAGGUCCCGCCCUCUCGCUGCAGGCCCACAAAGACCUCCGACGUCAGCUGCAGAGUCUUUGCGAGGACAUGAAGGCUUCGGAGUCCGAGUGGGAGCGACUCCAUCAGACCUUGGCCGCUCUCAAACAACGAGUACACCCGGAUGCGGCCCACAUGCUCGCGCAGCGCAUCCACAGGCAAACUCGCAGCUGGUCGCAGGCGCGUUCUCGUUUGGAGCAGCAGCUCCAGGGCAGCCUCGUCCUCCAGACGUCGUGGGAGGCUCACGCCUCCAGCGCGGCCGUCUUGUGGGAGCGCGUGGCGGAGCUGAGGAAGGACGCGGCCUCCGUCCCCGGCGCGGAUCGCGAUGACCUCGACGAGGAUUUACGCAGACUUCAAACCCUGCAAGAAAGAGCGGAUGCUCUGCAGCGCCACCUGCAGGAGGCGCUGGAGGACUCUCAGGACCUGAUUGGCCGCCUGGAGCCCCCGCCGGCCGCUCUGGUCCAAGCGGAACGCAGGCUGCUGUCUCGCGCCGUCCUGCGGUUGGGACGCACGCUGGCCGCCAAGCGACGAGGCUUACAGGAGGAGCUGCAGACGCUGCGGGAGGUCGUCAGCCUCCUGGAAGCUCUGGAGUGCGCCGUGGAGAGCUGGACGGAGCAUCUGGACCGGGGGCAGCGCACGGCGCAGCCUGCCGACGUGCAGCGCGUCCUGCUGGACGCCGGCGCCGGCGCGGCCGACCUGGACGUCCUCAACGAGCUGUGCGGCGGCGUGACGCUGACCGAGGACGUCGCGCGACGCCUGCGGCGCCUCAACCGACGAUGGGACCGCGCCUCCGCCCGAAGCUUCCAGCAAAAGUGUGAGAGCUGGAUGGCCUUCCUGCAGCGAAUGGACGAGAGUCUGGCCGUGGAGCUGGCGGGAUCCUACGACGGCCUCAUUCGGCAGCUGCGCGCCCACAAGCGCUUUCAGGCGGAGACGUGCGUCGGCCACCAGAUCCUCGACUCCGUCGCCCGUGACGCUCUGCGCCUGCUCCAGAGAGGAGACGUGGGCGACAGGAGCAACUUCAUCCUCACGCUGACGCAGUUGCGCGAGCGGUGGCGCGGCGCGGCGGAGCGCGCCGAGCGGCGGCGCUCGCUGUUGGAAGCCGGUUCGGGAUCGUCCCGCCCUGGCCCCGCCUCCAAGCGGUCCAACGUGGAAUGA